AUGCUUCUCACUACAACAAUACCAGAACCAUUGCCCUGGGAGUUUACUGACCUCGGACCCAAGGCACAUCCAUCAUUGAUCAUGUUUCCGCCACCACAUUCGUUACUAGUGAUAUUUGAUUGGCAGAUGGCAGCUGCCUUUGCGUCAGCUAAUACUUAG